GAGGGGGGAGGGGGGGAGCUUGGGUUCUGUCCCGGCCGGUGACUAGGUAUAUGUCCCCCGACUAGUUGUCCCUCCUCUGUUUCUGUGGCUGGGUUUGGGGCACCAACGAGCGUUGAACCAGACUCGGGGAAGGCGCCCGGUGGAGGAUAAGUUCCUUUCCUUCCUUUCCUUCCCUUUCCCCGCCUCCUGUGUAGUAGGCACUUUCCUGGCACCCCACGGUGAUUAUGGUGCGAACCCUUUAGCCAGGUUCCAGUGCAGCAUCGCUUGAACUAAGAGGAUUCACAGGCUUCUGAGAGUUCGGGCAACAUAAUCAGUGGACUCAGCAUGAGUGAGGUUCCUUGCAAGAAACGGGAGGACUAUUUGGAAUGGCCUGAGUAUUUCAUGGCAGUGGCCUUCUUAUCGGCACAGAGAAGCAAAGAUCCAAACUCCCAGGUUGGAGCCUGCAUUGUGAAUGCAGAAAACAAGAUUGUUGGGAUUGGAUACAAUGGAAUGCCAAAUGGGUGCAGUGAUGACGUCUUGCCUUGGAGGAGGACAGCGGAGAGAAAGCUGGAUACCAAAUACCCUUAUGUGUGCCAUGCCGAGCUGAAUGCCAUCAUGAACAAAAACUCGUCUGACGUGAAAGGCUGUACUAUGUAUGUGGCCUUGUUCCCAUGUAACGAAUGUGCUAAGCUCAUCAUCCAGGCAGGUAUCAAAGAAGUUAUUUUCAUGUCCGAUAAGUACCACGAUAGUGAGGAGACAACAGCUGCGAGGCUCAUGUUUGAUAUGGCUGGGGUCACGUUUCGGAAAUUCAUGCCGAAGUGCAGCAAGAUUGUCGUUGACUUUGAUUCAAUUAACAGCAGGCCGAGUCAGAAGCGUCAGUGAGUUACGUCUCAUUACACCUCCAGAAGACUGGGAUUAUCCUCUUCUAAGGAGCUGCUAAUGCCUUUCAUCUUGAAGUUACACAUAACUAUUUAAUAGCCAGUGUGGCAAAAGUAGAAAUCUAAAGACUAGAAAGCCUCAAAUCUUCCCAACUCUCCCUCCUGUCACAUGGAAUCUGCAUCUGUUUAAGCUAUUGAUUUAGGGUUUAAGAGAAAGGAGCCUGUGGCUGGCCUGUCGCAAAGGGCUGGCGUGGGGGGCCUUCCCCUUUUUGUGUCCUGGUUUGCUGGGAUGCUGGUGACUCUGCAGAAGGGCGUCAGUCAGCUCUCUGUCACCCACUGCAUCUCCCAGCUGCUUCACGCUGCCACAUGUGCUGGAAGGCUGGAAGGACAGAUAAAUAAUUGUUGUGUUCCUAGCGGGAUGAGCAGACACACUGAUUUGAACAUCUGGCCCAAAUGAAGCGUAACAUGUAGUGCCCUUGGGGGUGGGGGUGGGGUGGCGAAUAGGACCUACAUGACAAGUAGUGUUUAAGUAUUUGCUUUAGAGAGUUGAGGGAAACCCCUACCCACCCACUCACCCAAAAAGCCUAGAGAGGAUGGCACACCUGUUCUGACUAUCGAUGGGCGUAAGGGAGCUCUGGAUACUUUCUCUGCUUCUGCUGUCCUGCUACCCACAGGAUAGUGGCACAUCAUCCCUUUGGGGGAGGAGACCCCUGUUGUUUUUGCAUCUUAUUUUUGGUUUGUUGGUCACACAGAGCUCGCCCAUUAAUUUAUCUGAAUAAUGAAUUGUUCCCAGAGGAGACCACCAAGACCACGCCCUGCUGUGGGGACUGUGGAAGGGAGGGUGGGCCAGGCACCACUUCUGCCACUUGAAAAACGUGUUGCUACUCCUUUACAUGCCAACGCGGUUUGUCUCCAAGGCCACUCCACAACCGGGGAGUAAAUUAAUUCCUAUCCCGUAAGUGAAACGUGAGGAAAUUCAGCCUGCCUCGAGGCGGUUUAUUGCAGAUCUAUUGGUGAUGGGAGCUCAUUUGUGCUCCUGGCCACAUGCUUUUCCUUCACUGACACAGUCUCACCUUCCUAAUCACUGUGACUUGGGGAAUGUGUGGCUGCGCACCUUGUCUUUAAUCUCAUUUAAUUUUUAUUAACUGUGCUCAGUACCUUUGUUGAGAAAAUGGUUUCUUUAUCCUAAAGAUAAUUACUGUUUUAAAAUGCUCUUAUAUUUUUAUGAGUUUUUAUUUUGUCUCUGAGGUUUUAUGCUUCAUAUUCUGGGGCAUUUUGUAAUUUGGCUGCUUCCCAAUAUUAUUAAAAUCUUAUUAAAAUCUAACCCACCAAAGUAUGUUCAUAUUUAUAUUAUAAUUAUAUGCUUAACUCUCCAUUUCUGUCAUUUCUAUAUGGUCUGUGAAGCACAUCACAUAUGUUUUAAUGCUCAGAGAUCAGUUUGAGACACUGAUGCUGUGUGCUUUCCCCAGGGCUGAUGGAUGGCACUUCUUUAUGGACUAGACUGAAGAUGUUAAGAAAGGCUCUCUUACCUCUCCCUCCUGUGUGCCUGCACCUGGUCUCAUGUACGGCCACCUGAUAGGUCCCAGGCCUCCGCCUUCCUGUAACACUUCAGUCUCCAAUUCCGGCUUUUCCUGCUGCUCUCUCGUCUUAUUCUCUAAAUCUCUCUUCUCUCCUCAGUGUUUUCUCUCUUUACCUUCUCCAAACCUUUUACCCUGCUUGCCCCAAAAUGCAUAAAACAAAAGGUAUUUGGAAGAAAGAAAUCAAUAAGGAUACUUAAAAAUAGAAAAUAUAUUAGAUUUUUUAUGUUGCUGCAAAUUCUGAGUCGUGAGCCCUGUUAGCAAGGAGUGUGUAAUUUUUGUUAUGUCAUGUUCGUAAAUAAGUCCAAGGGCUAAUAAUCCAGCUGUGUGUCUAAUUUAUUAAAUUUGACUCUCUUAUAUUUUGUCACACUGAGUUUUCGUGAAGAAAGUCUUGUUCUUUUUCCUUUGGGGAGGAGGUUAACAGGCAGGAUCCUUGCUGAGAAGGAAGCAUAUACAUCUUUGACAGUCUGGUUGUGCUGUUUAUGUGGAAGUGAUGCUCUCAGUGCGAGUAUAUGAGGCUUCUGCGUAGAGACCGUGUUGUUGAACUUGAUUCUUGGUGACCGGUGUGUAAGUAAUCAUGUCUUAGUUCCUGGCGUCCCUCACUGUAGGAGUAGUGGAAGCUUCCUGUCCAGAGAAUUCUGCAGAUGUCAGUGUUCCAGUGUGUAGAGGUUUGCUUUGAGCCGUUGCCUUUGGGCAAAGUGCCCCAGAAGGAAGGGGUUUUGAGCAGCCUGCUACAUUACAGGCGGCAUUAGAUAAUUGCAGUGAAGGGAGACUGCAUCCGAGAGGAGUGUUGCUGCCUGUCAUGGCUAAUAAAGGACAAUAAGGAGAUCCUUCCAUCUUUCACUGAACUGGUGGUAGGAGAACUAACUACAUGUAAAAGUCGAAAUUUGUGAGAGAGAUAAUAGGAGCUCCAGUUUCCUGACCCGCCUUAUGCUUUUCUAGUUCUUACAAGUCUGCCCUUCACAGACUGCUGAAACCCAACAAGACCCAGCCGUGAAAGUGAUGUAAUAUAUUAGCCAUUUUUUUCUAAAUUAACAAUGAAGCAAAAUAAGGGAACAAGCAUACAAAGAAAAAUUGAGAAGAGCUUGAAUAAACUGCUUGUGUGACUAGUGAGCUAAACUUCUUGUGUGCCAGACAUAAUUUUUGAUCUUCUGAUGUUCAUAUUUAUCUGUGGAUUAAAUAUACUUAGGCUGAAUAAUAGAACUGUUAGAUGAAGCCUAUGCUAUUGUGAUUUAUGAGAAAUAAAUAUUUGGUCUUUGU